AUGGCGCUCUCCAGGGUGUGCUGGGCUCGGGCUGCUCUGUGGGGUUCGGCGGUCACCCCUGGACCUCAUGUCACCCGGAAGCUGCAACUUGUUCGCUGUGGCCUGGCCUGGGGGGCCCCUCGUCUCUUUGAUCUUCCUUGUAGGUCUUCAAAGCUUCACCUUUCACCAAAGGCAGAUGUGAAGAGCUUGAUCUCUUAUGUGGUGGCCAAGACAAAAGUGAUUAAUGGGAAAUACCAUCGUUUCUUGGGUCGUCAUUUCCCCCGCUUCUAUGUCCUGUACACAGUCUUCAUGAAAGGAUUGCAGAUGAUAUGGGCUGAUGCCAAAAAGGCUAGAAGAAUAAAGACAAAUAUGUGGAAGCACAAUAUAAAGUUUCAUCAACUUCCAUACCGGGAGAUGGAGCAUUUGAGACAGUUCCGUCGAGACGUCACCAAGUGUCUUUUCCUAGGUAUUAUUUCCAUUCCACCCUUUGCCAACUACCUGGUCUUCCUGCUAAUGUACCUGUUUCCUAGGCAGCUACUGAUCCAACAUUUCUGGACCCCAAAGCAACAAAUUGAUUUCUUAGAUAUCUAUCAUGCUCUCCGGAAGCAGUCCCACCCAGAAAUCCUUUGUUAUUUAGAAAAGGUUAUCCCUCUCGUUUCUGAUGCAGGACUCCGGGGGCAUAUGACAGAGCUGUGCACCAAGAUACAGCAUGGUACCCACCCAGCAAUACAUGAUAUCCUGGCUCUGAGAGAGUGUUUCUCUAACCAUCCCCUGGGCAUGAAGCAACUCCAUGCUUUGCAAAUGAAAGCCUUGAGCCGAGCCAUGCUUCUCACGCCUUAUCUGCCUUCUUUCUUGUUGAGACACCGUUUAAGGACUCAUACCACUGUAAUUCACCAACUGGACAAAGCUUUGGCAAAGCUGGGGAUUGGCCAGCUGUCUCCUCAGGAGGUGAAAUCGAAGCUGAGCUGUCCCUCUUGCUACACAACGUGGUCCUGCUUUCUGUCAACUACACCGGGACAAGGCGCUGAGCGAACGCGGGGCGGAUGGCAUGUCCUGCGGCCACAGAGUGCAGCAGCGUGGCACCUACCCGCACCGGUCAGCCGGGGCUCUGCGUGCGCUGGUAGGUGUGCCCGAGGCGGGGGACAGGAGCUACAGGCUUCCCAGCGCGGCCGCCGUGCUGGAGCUGGGACUGAAACAAGCCCUCUUAGCAGAGGCGGCCCGCGUGAGCUGGCGGCCCGACUUCCUCCGAGUCAGCCGGGGCGGCUGGCGGCCUCUACUGGGCCUCCAUGGUGAUGGUUUCAGUUCGGAGCCUAGGAAGGGAGCUUGUGCCCCAGGUGAAAAGCCUCAUCUGGCCCAGGGCUGGCCCACUGCCGUAGUCUUGGAGCUGCGUUUUUGUUACAGUUUCUGGCUGGUGAGGGCAACGGCACUGUUGAAAUUGGAGCAUUUACGUCUAUGCGUGUACUUCGAUGCUGCCCUCAAUCCUUUUUGUGAUGACCAAAAAUAGGUUUUUGUUUUUUUGGGUUUUGUUUUUGGUCCCCUCACUGGGUUAACCACUCCCUUUCCUUUCCAAAUCUUUGACCCAUCUUUUUUUUUUUUUUUUAAGCAAAUAUUCAUUCAUAUAUGGGAAUUUUCUAAUGGAAAAGAUAAAAGGAAACACAAGUGCUCCUUGUCCCUUCCCGCGUUUAUAGCCUUCACCCCCCUCCAUCUUAAUUCCUGCGCUGUGGUGCAGCCCCUAAGGAGCUUCAGCUCUGCUACCCCUACUGCGCUGCAGCAGGCCAGCUCUAACGGGACAGUGGCCGCCUCCUCUGGGCCACGGAUUAAGCCUCUGAGGUUCUAAUCACUGCCCCGCCUGGGAGACCGGAGAGGCCUGCAGUGUAAGUAAGUUGGGGUUAGCUUUUGUCUGUGUACAUCAUUGACCUGUAGUAACUUACUGUAAAUGCAUGAAGCACUGUUUUAAAUCCAAGUAAAGACUGCCUGAAACCAGUUGCUGG